AUGGCACCAGCGGCCUCGUCUCCCUCUGCAUCUCACUUCAAUGAACCCUUUAUAUCGGCACUCGAUGCUGCUGCGCCCAGCAAUGCAAGUGACGAUCCAAGUUACUAUGCCCGGUAUCCCCGGUCGCUCAUCACUACCUCGAAUAUCGACACAUUCAUGACCGGGACCGGAUCAUCCAUAUAUGAAUCUCUUGCUCCCCUUCUCGAGGCAGCCGACCACGAGCUCAUUCUCGUAACCUGUUUCUGGUCCCGAUCAUCCAGCUUGGACACUCUCAACAGCGUGCUAAGAAAACUAUCAACCAAAGCCGUUAUACGAGGAACGCAUAAGAUCAGAGUCCGACUUUGUUUUUCCUCUAGCUCCAUAUUUCAGAAGCUCUUCCACCACCAAGGCGUCACAGGCCAAACGUACCCACCGUCAACAUGGGUAAAGAAGCUCGGCCUCCCGGACCCAUCAGAACUCCACGGCCUAAACCUGGAAAUCAAAUCCGUCUUCCUUCUCCCCUUCAGCGUCAUGCACCCCAAAUUCAUCAUUGUGGACCGCAAAACCGCAAUCCUGCCCAGCUGCAACAUAAGCUGGGAAGAAUGGUUCGAAGGCGCCAUCACCCUCACCGGCCCCAUCGUCACGCAAUUCCUAAAAUUCUACCGCUCAUUCUGGGAACGCAAAACAGACGACCCUUCCCCCCUUCCUCCUUCCUCCUCCUCCACCAACUCACCAGACUCCCCCCUCCCCCAACCCAAACAAACCCCAUCUCUAAAAUCCCACAUCACGCUCUCCACCCCCGAAACCCCCACAAUCUUCCUCCCAAGCCCCCACCACCGCAACCCAACCUUCUCCCCCUUCACCUCCUCAAAGAUCCUCCAAGCCCCGCAAACCCCGCUGAACCUCUUCCUCCUCACCCUCUUCUCAAAAGCCGAGCGCAAAAUCUCGAUUCAAACCCCAAACCUCACCUCCCCACCCGUCCUCUCCGCCCUUCUCCGCGCCCUCGCCCGCGGUAUCGACGUUAGAAUCCUAACAUCCAAGCGCCUCAUGAUCCUCGAGCAACUCGUCACAGCGGGUACCACCACGGCGCGCUGUGUGCGCAGACUCAUACGCCGCUACCGCACGCUAUCGUCUGAGCGCCAGGCCUUGAUCGAUGAGGAGUCCGCCAUUGCGAGUCCGCACCCUGGACGCCUGGUUGUGUCGUAUUGGACGCCGCUCGGCGGUUUAAAACCCCGCGGCGAGGAAGGGGGUGAGGCGCAGCAGUCGCAUUUUAAAAUGGUGAGUGUGGAUGAUGAGGUUGUGGUACUAGGCAGUGGUAAUCUGGACCGUGCGAGUUGGUUUACAAGUCAAGAACUUGGUGUUGCGUUUUUCGGUAAAGAAGUUGUUACGGGUAUCUUGGGGGCUGUCGAGGCCGGGACGAUGGGAAGGGCGAAAGUGCUGUUUGAUAGUGGGGCGGAGUAA